AUGCCACGUCUAGCAGUAGUCGCUGCUGGGGCCAUGGGCUCUGCAUAUACACCAAUCUUGACGGGCCGCUCGGAAGGCACGCAAAAGCGAGCACAAGAUGCAGGGAUGAUCAACGUCACCAUCGACGAGCUCGUGCUCAGAUCAGACUGGAUUUUGAGUAUUUUGCCUCCAAGGGACGCUGUGUCGUUUGCCGAAAAGAUACAAGAGGCUGCUGCGAAACACGGGAACGCAUUACCCUCCCCACGGACGUUUGUCGACUGCAACGCUGUGAGCCCAGAAACGGUCAAGCGUAUCGCGGGGCUAUUUGCAGGGACAAGCAUUGAGUUCGUCGAUGCUGGCAUUAUUGGAGGACCGCCGAAAGACGAAUACAAUCCUACAUUUUAUGCGUCAGCAGAAGAUGGGAAGAUUUUGGAUGAAUUCACUGCGUUAUCGAAGUAUGGUUUGAAAGUAUCUCCUUUGAAGGGAGAAGGGGUCGGGGUCGGGGACGCUAGCGCACUCAAGAUGUCAUACGCUGGAAUAACCAAAGGAACGACAGGGUUGUAUACCACGAUGGUGCUAGCGGCUCAUGCAUCGUCGCCUGCGACGGCAGAUGCUCUCAUGAGAGAGCUACAGAUGUCCCAGCCAGUUUUGUUGAACCGCCUGGUGAAGACUGUACCGCCUAUGCUACCGAAAGCGUACAGAUGGAUUGGAGAGAUGGAAGAAAUUGCAGACUUUGUUGGUGGGAGCGAGGGGGAUGUCUACCGAGGUAUAGCCAAGGUAUACGAGCGAAUAGAAAAGUCGAUAGCAGGUGAUCAGGAGGAUAUGGAGACGUUGACAAAUUUCGUGGAUAAAGCAAAGAAUUCGAAGCAGGAGUCGGACUAA